CUUUCUCUUUCUCUUUCUUGCUCUCUCUCUCUCUUGGAGCUUAGCUGCGUUGUUGGCUUGAGAGAGAUAUUAGUACUACUCCUACUCUCCCAAACCCAAAAACAAGGCCACCAUUUCAAUUUAUAUUUGCUGAGUUCCAUCUCUAAGCUGCAGAAGAAAAAAAACACUACUCACUCCUGCAAAAGGAGAAAGAAAAGGAGAGAAAGAGAAAGAAAGAGACGACAGAGAGUCCAGAGGCGACAACACAGAGAGUAGUGAGAAAGAAAGAGAGAGAGAAAAAGGAAAGGGAAUUGAAGAAGCUUUCAAUACCACAGAAGGGAAAACGAUGUCUGAGAGCUUUACAUCCUUUCAUACUCUGCAACUCCAAGAGUAAGUGGGUGGUACAAAGCGAACAAGGGGGAGGAGAUAUGAUGAAGAACAAGAUCAUCACAAGUUUGAUAUGGGAAUAGCAACAGUACAACCACUCUCACCAAUAUUCUUCUCAUCAAACUCAUCAAAGGGUACUCACAAUAAUUCAAUCUCGGAAAAGUACUCCAAUUCAGGUAACUCUAUGUCCCAAGACUACCAUCAAAGCAUCUACAGCUUCCCCAAUGGCUUCGAAAGAUCGGCGGUGACCACCCACCAAGAGCAGCAGCAGCAACACCACUUGGCACAGCAGAUCCGGAGGGAAAAGCUGAGGGUGCAAGGGUUCGAGCCACCUCCUCCGCCAUUGGUCGGGUUAGACGAGGAAGAAUCCGGAGGCCUCAAUCCGGUGUAUGAAACAGCUGGGAUGUUGUCGGAGAUGUUUAAUUAUCCUGCAGGAGUCGCACCACCUGCAGAACUGCUUGAACAUCCGAUGACUGCCGGCUAUCGGAUGGCUCGGCCGCAGCAGCAUCAAUCUGCUGCGCCCGAGUGGUAUGGAAGCAGACAAAACAUGGUGGGCGGAUUGGGUCCAUUGGGGGAUUCAAAUAAGAAUCAGAGUGGCCGCGACAACUUAGCAGCUCAUCAGCAUCAGAUAUCGACCAUUAAUGCGGAUUCAGCUGCUGCCAUGCAGCUUUUUCUAAUGAAUCCACAACCAAGAUCGCCUUCUCCUCCAGCUCACUCAACUUCUUCUACUCUUCACAUGUUGCUCCCUAAUCCUUCAUCCACUACUUUUCCUGGGGCAGGAGGCGGAGGAGGAGGAGGAGGAGGAGGAGGGGCUUUUGGUCAAUUCUCAUGGGUGAGUCAAGAUACUCAUGGCCAUGAAGGCGGUUCCACAACUGGUCCUGCCCACCAACUCAACACCAGCAACAUUAACCCUAGUGAUCACCACCAGCAAGGUCUUUCAUUAUCUUUAUCCACUUCAUUGCAACACUUAGAGGCAGCCAAAGCCGAAGAACUACGAAUGGGAGAUGGUUCCGGAUUGUUGUACUACAACAAUCCGGAAGGGUCUUCUAGCAGUGCACAUUACAACCAGUACAAGAAUCUCGUUGGUCAUCAAAGCCAGCAGGUUCAUGUCGGGUUCGGGUCUUCAUCUUUCGGGGUUGUGAAUGUCUUGAGGAAUUCAAAGUAUGUCAAGGCCGCCCAAGAAUUGUUGGAAGAGUUUUGCAGUGUUGGUAGGGGUCAAUUGAAGAAGAACAAAUUGGGUCGACAGAAUAGCUCAUUAAACCCUAGCUCCAAUCCAGCUGGCACCAGCGGCGGUGGUGCUGGCGGUGGCGCCUCUUCAUCUUCAUCAAAGGAUGCGCCUCCUACUUUGUCAGCCGCUGAUAGGAUCGAACAUCAGAGAAGGAAGGUCAAACUGUUGUCCAUGCUUGAUGAGGUGGAUCGAAGAUACAACCACUACUGCGAGCAAAUGCAAAUGGUGGUUAACGCAUUUGAUCUGGUGAUGGGUUUCGGGGCCGCGGUGCCGUACACAGCCCUAGCUCAGAAGGCAAUGUCACGGCAUUUCCGGUGCCUGAAAGACGCGGUAACAGCGCAGUUGAAGCACAGCUGUGAAUUGCUCGGAGAGAAAGAUGGUGCGGGGAACUCAGGUAUAACCAAAGGAGAGACGCCGAGGCUAAAGAUGCUAGAGCAAAGCCUGAGACAGCAAAGAGCAUUUCAUCAGAUGGGCAUGAUGGAACAAGAAGCUUGGAGACCCCAAAGAGGCCUUCCCGAACGAUCUGUCAACAUCUUGAGAGCCUGGCUUUUUGAGCAUUUUCUCCACCCGUACCCAAGCGAUGCAGAUAAGCAUCUGUUGGCACGACAGACUGGUCUCUCCAGAAACCAGGUCUCAAACUGGUUCAUCAAUGCUAGGGUUCGAUUGUGGAAACCCAUGGUGGAAGAGAUGUACCAGCAAGAAGCCAAUGAAGAAGGUGGUGGUGCAGUUGCAGCAGCAGCAGUAUCAGUAGAUCAAGAUCAGAGAUCAGAACAACGCAACAACCAAAACAACAACACUAGUGACCACCACGCACAGACUCCAACGCCUCCCACAACAACAACAACGACAACUGCCAUGUCAGCCACAACGACAACAACAGCAGCUACAAGAUCCGAUAUCAAUGCCUCCGAAAGUGACCCUUCACUCCUCGCAUUCAAUAGGCAACGAUCCUUCUCGGAAAACCAAUCCACUACUCCUACUUACCCCAUCAACAUGUCCACCAGCACCACCGCCACAGCUCUGGUGGCGCCGCCUGUGCCCUACGCCACCACCGCCGACGACACGUGUCGCCGCGGCAGCAUGGACUACGGGACCACCUCGGGCAACGCAUCAUCAUCAGCAGUUGCAGGAGAUCAUCAAAGUCUUCAUCAUCAUGCAGGGUCUACGCUUAUAACGUUCGGGACCACCACGGCGGGUGAUGUGUCUCUCACUCUAGGGCUCCGCCAUGCCGGAGGAGCAAACAUUCCCGAGAAGAACACUUCUUCCUUCUCCAUUAGAGACUUUGGGGGCUGUUAAUUGAUUAGUAUAACUAGUUAAUUAUUUAGCCUCCUAAUUAAACUUAAUUCUCUCUAUAGUGUAAGUAGUUUAAACAAAACAAAAAAAAUAUUUUUACGUACCUUCCAUUCUAUGAAGAAAUAUACAUGGUGAUAAGAAUUAAACCUAGCAUUAAGAGUAGCUUAGCUUUAUGGGGUACAAUAUUGUAAUUGUAUAGUAGAUAUCGUUUUUUUGUUAUUUUUCUUUUUUCAUUCUAAAAAUUACUAGAAUAAUAUCAUGGAAAAUUAUAA